AUGAGUAAAUUCAAAGGAAAUUCAGUUUCUGCCUUUCAGCCUGACUAUAUUUGUAAAGCAAAAGGUAUUGUUAGUUCUGUUGAUAAUAUUCCUUCUGAGGCAAUUAACUUUUUAUAUUAG